GAGACACCUGUUACUCGCGACCCACCACGUGACCCGGCCCCGUUUCAGGAUACGGAUACACACGCUGUACGCGAGGAUAGAUUAGGCCGUAUAAUAUUACAGUUCCGUGCCCAGGUCAUAGUACCAGAGGGGACACAGGUUACCCCGUGAAGGACAGCCACUGGCCCAACAACACUUGGUGCAGAGCGGCUAAAUUUAUCAGUAGUAGCUACCGCCGUACUGCGCCGCCCCCGUCAUACACAUCUCGCGGGAAGUGAGCUGCUGUUGUCGGGAGGCGCCAAAUCGGAGGAAAGCGCGCUCCCAGUCUGCUGUCUGCACAGCACUGUGAUAGCGGCUACCACUACCGUACAACGGCAAGCAUGGCUCCGGGGACCACAGUACAGGCCCGUCCCAGCAGAAAUCUACCAUGGGUGGAAAAGUAUCGACCCCAAACACUUGAUGAUCUGAUCUCUCAUCAAGACAUCUUGAGCACAAUUCAGAAGUUUAUCAGUGAAGACAAAUUACCUCAUCUUUUAUUAUACGGACCCCCUGGGACUGGAAAGACCUCCACAAUUCUAGCUUGUGCAAAACAGCUUUACAAAGACAAAGAAUUCAAUUCCAUGGUUUUAGAGUUGAAUGCAUCAGACGACCGAGGGAUAGAUAUUGUGAGAGGCCCCAUAUUAAAUUUUGCCAGCACCAGAACAAUAUUUAAAAAAGGCUUCAAGCUGGUGAUCUUGGAUGAAGCAGAUGCAAUGACUCAGGAUGCUCAGAAUGCUUUGAGGCGAGUGAUCGAGAAGUUCACUGAAAAUACUCGAUUUUGCAUGAUUUGUAAUUACCUGUCUAAGAUAAUCCCAGCUCUUCAGUCCAGGUGCACAAGGUUUCGCUUUGGACCCCUUAAUAAAGAGAUGAUGGUUCCCAGGUUACAACAUGUGGUAGAGCAGGAAAAUGUGGACAUCAGUCCAGAUGGAAUGAAGGCAUUGGUGACACUGUCCAGUGGAGACAUGCGAAGAGCGCUCAAUAUCUUGCAGAGUACAAAUAUGGCUUUUGGAAAAGUGACUGAGGAUACAGUAUAUACCUGCACAGGACACCCCCUGAGGUCCGACAUAGCCAACAUUCUGGACUGGAUGCUCAACAAGGAUUUCACAGCUGCAUACAAAAACAUCAUGGAAUUAAAGACCUUAAAGGGCCUGGCUCUCCAUGAUAUUCUGACGGAAGUGCAUCUCUAUGUACACAGAGUGGAUUUUCCAGCAUCUGUUCGAAUGCACUUAUUAACCAAGAUGGCAGAUAUUGAAUACAGAUUGGCUUCUGGGACCAGCGAGAAGAUUCAGCUUAGUUCCCUGAUAGCUGCAUUCCAGGUUACUCGAGACAUGGUUGUAGCAGAAGCUUAGAGUGGGAUGUGGCAACUUGACAUGUGUAAUCAAGGUUAUUUAAGGACAGAACAAUAAGUAUAUUUCACAAGAACGUACAUGAAUUUGUUCUGUUGUAAGAACGAGAGCAUCUAAAUAUGGCGGUGACAGAACAUAUAUUUGGGAACACAGACUGGGUACAGCAUUGUCCCCUGGAGAAUUAGUGUAUUAGUUUAUGCUCAGACAGACACGGUCACUGUAGUUUGUAGUUUUUCUUACUUUUUCUGCAUGGUACAGUAUAUCUAAAGUCCAGUACUCACUGGCAGAUGUGGGGAGAGAUGUGUGCUGAGCGAAACGCUCAGCACACAUCUCUCCCCCCGCUCAGCACAGCGCGAUGUGUGCUGAGCAUGCAGGGAGAGCGGCGGGCGCUCAUUUCACCCAGCGGAUGAAGUGAGUGAACCGCUAGAUUGUCCGCAUGCAGGCCAAUCUAGCACCAGCGAUAGCGAUGCGCGGGGCUGCGCAUCGCUAUCGCUGUGAGGGGUACACACGCAGAGAUCACUGCUUAAAAUCUAAGCAAUCUAGUUAGAUUUUAAGCAGCGAUCGCUCCGUGAGUACCCCCCUUAAGAUCAGUCAUCAACCCCACAACAAAACACCUUCUUUAAAUACAAUGGAUUUGUAUAAGUGAUUAAAAGUGGCCAUACAGUAAAGUGUGUACAUAAUUAUGUGAUCCUAGCUGAUCGGGUUAACACUCCCAGUCAGCUGGAUAGUGUGUAAUGAGCAGUGACCUUCUGCAAGGAAGGAGCAAAUUAAAGAAAGCGUCAUAGGCAAAUAAGGUUAAAAUGGGUAACUAACAAAGAAAGCACUACCUACACAAUUUCCCCAAACAAUGCUCUGUCCUGUUAUAUUGCUGUGCCUUUUUUUAUUAUUGGAAGUGUUUAGUACGAGUUCAUGUAUUUGUAAUUCUUAAGAUAUUUGCUCACAAUAAAAUGUUCUUUUCUAAA